CUAACAGUUCCAAAACAAACAUAGAUCUGUUCUCUUUACGCACUACACAUCUGAAACGACACGCUACUACAAUUUCAUAAGUGAUUCGACAGUUAAAUGGAAGAUUUUAAUAAUAACUCAUCGUCCCGAUCAUCGUCGGAGCGUCCGACAUCACGGCGUGGCGGAGGAAUCGGCCCUGCAGGCAUUUACAGCUCGUUUAACGAUUCGUCCACACCGAGUCCAAUUGGAAUUCUGAGACCGGGAACGGCAAUGAAAGCUACCUCGGUUUUAAGAGGAGGGACGGCAAGCCGAUUGGUAGCAAAUACCGUUCAUUCGACAAACUCGUCCGCUUCUGUCCAGAGAAUAGGAACGGCGUUGGGUAAUGCUGGGAAUCGCAUGACGGAGCGUCCCAUCACUCAGCAUGGCAUAAGCGGUUUGUCAACCUCGUAUGGUCGAGUUGGGACUGCCAGUGGUAGUCGUCAGAUCAAGGACAAGCGGUACUGGCAAACUGUACUGCAGGCAAAAAUACAGGAAAUCUCCCAAGAAACUGAGAAGUUAAUGAAGGAGAAGAAAUUUUUGGAUCGCGAGAAAUCCGCCAAAAAACUAUACGAAAAAAAAGUAAAAGAAGCCGCCAAGGAACUGACGCAACUGCAAUCAACCUUAACCUCGAUGAAUAUCGCUUUGGAUAACUGCAGCUCCGGAAUGACUCGCCAACAGCUACAGAACGAAACAGUGGCACUUCGCGAACGCAAUGAGCACAUCCAGGAACAGCUGGAGAUAGUUUUCAAGCAACGACAGAUUAAGGAUGUCGAAAACAAGGAACUGGAAGCGGAGGCUGAAAAAGAGAAGAACAAGAUUAAUGAGAUGAUCUUUUCACUCUCUGAGGCAGAUCAACAAAAGUAUCGCGAGUAUCAAACGCUCUCGGAGACUUUGAAGCAGCAAAACACUAUAUUUCAUAAUCAGAUAAGUGAACUGGAGAAGCACAAGGAUCGGCUAAACACUAUGAUAUUGAACUCUCAAACUCGUACCGAGGCUCAUCGAUUGAAAUCGAAACUGAAGGAGCUUAUUGCAAAGCGCAACCAAAUGCGAGAUGAAGAAAAUAAUCGUCUGUCGCCUGCCCAGGAAAGGGAAAAAUUGAUCAACGAGGUGCGAUCCAAUAACCAGGCUCUGGCGAGCAUUGGCAAACAGCUAAAGAUUAUCGAGGAUCAGUUAACAGAGAAGAAAGAAAUGCUGCAACAGAUCGAUCAGGACUUGGAAGAAGGCAACUCGGAACGUCACAUCAAAUAUAAGGAGUUGAAGAAGCGUGACGAAGUGAUGUCGGCAUUUAUGGAUAGCUUCCAGCAGAAUUUGGCAUCCGAAAAGCAAAGCAUUGAAUCACUAAAAAAUCAAAUAACCUUUGCCAUUGAGCAAAUCACUCUGCAAGGUAUUAACACGCAAGCGCUAGGGACGGACAAGCUGGAAAGCUCCGGAUUUACUGCGAAAAAUGACUUAAACUCACACUCCGGUCUCAUGAAAGAAUACAAAAAACUUAGUAUUCAGCUGAAGCAACUUCAAAUAUUAGAAAAAAGAACCGUAAGCCAGCUGUCCGGUCUGAGGCAGGAUGAGGCGGAUGCUUUGAACAACAUUCAAAAGUACAGUAAUCUUGAAGCACCUAGAUCGGAAGCUAUCGAAAAGAUGAAUGAGUUGACUAGCACUCUGCAGGAGCUGGAGGAUAAGAAACGUGUAACCGAAAAUGUGGUGGAUGAAGCAAGAAAGCGCAAUCAGGAAAUUAAAAUCAACCUGAAGAGUAACGAAACAUAUCGUCAGAUAUCGCACUUGGAGGACAAACUGAUUGAUUUGAUGAAGGAAAAUAAGAUCUUACAGGAAGUUGUGGAGCAGUUGCAAAAGAAAUGCGACUACUCGGGCGUUAGAAGCGAGGUAGAGCAAUUGCUUGGAGAGCAUAACAACUUGCUGUGCUCGGAAUUUAAUAACAAUACUAACAAUCGUGUUACAUAGGUUAUAAACUUUUCGAAGCACCAUCACAUAUAAUGUUUUGUACUCAUAUUGAGGUUUUUCAAUUAUUACAAAGAUUGAGAUUUAAUGAGUUUUAUUCCAAAAAUGUGACGUGACAUAUUUCACAGAGAGACUCAUUUUCAGGAUUACGCAAAAACAACAUAAAUGUAACUCCUAACUCCUAAAGCUUCAGAAUGAUAUUUAACUGAAUAUGGCCCAAUCUCUAAUUUGAUGGGUACAAAUCGAGGGCAACUUCACGAAUUUACAUCAACUUUGCACUUUGGUCUAUCGACCCAUAAUAAA